AUGGCUGAUCGAUCCAGCAGCGACACGAAAGCCAGCAGCCGCGCAACAGAAAUACAAAAUGUCGAUGAUGACGGCAGCGACGCCGAGCGAUCCAAGUCGGACAGUUCAAACAGCGACGAGGGCAAUAGCAGCGGGGAGGGCAAUAGCAGCGGGGAUGAAGGCAAUAGCAGCGAGACGGGCAGUUCGCAGCGAUUCUGGGCAACACGAUCUCCAUCGCAAUUGCCGGUGCCUGGAGCGAACAACGAUCGCAUAGCCAAAAUGCUGGUGCGGCAGAACUCAAUGGGAUUCGGCAAGGCACUGCCACCAGGGAUGGGCAGUCUCCUCCCGGGGAUGAGUCUGCCGCCGGAAAUCUCGGGGACGAUGGGACGGGAUGUGCAGAGCCGGAUGCUGUUUGUAUCGUUGCUGGAAAACUACUGCCGCACGUACGACGACGACCCUCUGCGUAACCGGCGGCUGUUUUUCACAAUCUGCCGUACGCUGUACUCAAUGGGGAUUAUUGGCAAAGAGUAUGUUGAUGAGGUUGCGUCAGUCAGAGCUACCUAUUCUGACGCAUUCCGGCAGCUGGUGGUGAAGGCGCAGGAGUCGCUGGCAUCGUAUGAGCAGCGGGACAUUGAGACAGGAAUCCGGUCGCUGACCACUGGGCUGGGCGACGAUGAUGACGAUUCGUUUGCAUUUGACAUUUCGCUAACCAACGAUGACGACAACAGCGGACGACGAUGA